UUUAUUAUAACUUUGUUGGCAUCGUGUAUCAGAAAUAACUAUGAGCUUAAACCGCUUAUAGGGUGCAGAUGCUCAGCAUUAACCAAGUUCAGCAAUAGCACUGUUAAGAGCGCUUGCGUUCAGAGCCGCUUGCAACGAAGUAAUCUGUUCUUACUUCGUGCAUUCAUAACUGGUACACAAAUACAAACAUAUAUGCAAGUCUAUCUAUAGACUGUUUGCUGUUGGCGAGGAAGUUCAUGGCGAACCGGUUGCCAGCUUUGACUUACACUGACACGGGCGCUGCUUGCAGUUGAUAUGCCUGGAAUACAAAGCAGCUACAACAGAAGCUAUUUGACAAGUAAACAUUAGCUACGACCGCGCAGUACGCAGCCUCGUUUAUGCUGCCUGCGGUGCUCAAAACUGCUCCACCUCAUUAUUGUUACAAUGUUCGAAACUGUGUGUGUAAAGUUCUGAAGCCAACCGAGCUCAAAGUUCUUCGAGAGGCUUACAAUACCGGUAUUUAACGCUCUAUCUACUAGUGAGUCGAGCGCAUAAAGUCGGCUUUAAUGCGUCGCUGUUUACUCGCUACAUUUAACAACGACUGCAGCGGAAGCCAGAGCCGUACUUGUGUAUAUUCGAAAGCUGCCCGGAGUAAUUGGGCUAUCGUUUACCUUUUCCAUGUACAUACAUAUGUAUGUAUGAACCUUUGCGAUAUGGCCUCUGAAUAUGGGAGCCGCCACUUUCACCGCUGUCGAAAAAUAUGCUGGGCUUACUGCGCUUGAGCAGCGCGCAAACUCUAUGUUGACUUGGCUAACAUUUAUCAACGAGUGUGGAAAACGCGAAUCGCUGCCAGUGGAAGUGACUUCUGCUGGGAAGUCAGUUUAAGCUCGGCGCUGAAUACGUAAAGUCUCACUUUAAGCAAAUAAAAUAAAUCGCUACGGAGCGUACACAUACAUACAUAUAUACACAAACAAGCAAUAACAAACGAUCCGAUUACAAUAUGUCAGAUAACGAGGGUGAGAAGCUGUGUUUCUAUGGCGUUUGGGCACGGCUACUGCCUAUUCUCCUUAUCGUCUUAAUCGUUGUGUUGUUGUUGUGGCUGCUGCGCAAAUGCAUACAGGGUCCGCGUUAUCGCAAGGCGAACCGCAUUGAUGGUAAGGUGGUGAUUGUGACCGGCUGCAACACAGGCAUCGGCAAGGCAACCGCCUUGGAAUUGGCGCGUCGGGGCGGACGUAUUUACAUGGCUUGUCGCGAUGCAGUGCGUUGUGAAGCUGCGCGUCUUGAGAUUAUAGAGCGCACUGGCAAUCAGCAUGUCUACAAUCGUACUUUGGAUCUUGCAUCGCUGGCGUCGGUGCGCCAGUUUGCAACGCGUUUUCUAGCCGAUGAGCAACGUUUGGAUAUUUUAGUGAAUAAUGCGGGUAUCAUGGCUACGCCGCGCAAGCUUACAGCUGACGGCUUCGAACAGCAGUUGGGCGUGAAUCAUCUGGGCCACUUUCUGCUGACAAAUCUACUGCUGGAGCGUCUCAAAGCAUCAGCGCCAAGCCGUAUUGUAGUCGUUAGCUCAGCAAUGUACAUUUUCGGGCGAAUUAAACGCAAUGACCUAAAUAGCGAACGCCAUUACUCGAGCUUCUUCGGCGCUUACGCGCAAAGUAAGUUGGCAAAUGUGUUGUUUACGCGUAAAUUGGCGGAACUUUUGCAAGGCACUCGUGUAACAGUGAACUGCUGUCAUCCCGGCGUAGUGCGUACUGAAUUGGUGCGACAUAUACAAUUUCCAGGCUUCGGUUUGUUGCAUUACCUGGUGCAGUUCUUGUGGAAGUCGCCGGAGGAUGGUGCGCAAACACAACUCCGGCUGGCGCUUGACCCAGCCUUGGAGCUGUGCAGUGGCGAUUACUAUAGCGACUCAAUGCGCUGGCCGCUACUACCGUGGGCAAAGAGCAAGGACACAGCCGAUUGGCUAUGGGCGGAGAGCGAGAAACUGGUGGGACUCAGCGAGAGCGCGAAGCAUAACGAAAUGGAAGUGGUGACAGUGAAUGGCUCGUAGGCUUAGUGGUUAGAAAAAUUGGUUUAUGGUUUAUGUUUUUUAUAUAUGUUUGUAUGUAAGCGAACUAUCGGUAUGGCGAAUGUAAUAAAAGUUUCUCAUAAACAUUAUCACAAAA